UGAGACAAAACACGCAAACCCGAACGCCUGGGGGGCGACGUGACAUCAUUCCUAAAGCCUUUGGUUUCCAGCUCGGGAUCUUCCUGCGCUGUUUCAUGUAAGGAUCUAGGAAGUAGUCCCGCUAUCUGAAUCGACUUGUCUUUAGUUUUUAAAGCAGCAGAAGCGGAAAGUUUCUUCUCUAUAUAAGCCAAACAGCUCAGCGAGAGUAUGUCUUUCGUCCCAGGUCAGCCGGUGACUGCUGUUGUGGAACGAAUUGAGAUUCAGAAACUGCGGCAAGGAGAGAAUCUCAUCCUUGGCUUCAGCAUCGGAGGAGGGAUAGACCAGGACCCCGGGCAGAAUCCCUUCUCUGAGGACAAGUCUGACAAAGGCAUUUAUGUGACCAGGAUAUCACCUAAAGGCCCAGCAGACUUGGCCGGCUUGAAGAUAGGAGACAAAAUAAUGCAGGUGAACGGUUGGGACAUGACCAUGGUGACUCAUGAUCAGGCUCAUAAAAAACUAACAAAGAAGAAAGAGGAUGUGGUACGACUGCUAGUAACCAGGAAGUCGCUUGAGGAGGCUGUCAAACAGUCUAAGGGCUCUUAUCCCAAACACUAGUGUGGUGGCUCUACUUUUACACAGACUAAUGCCAUAGCCAAGGAAUGAAGACUCACUUGGAGAACACAUACUCCCCCAAAUAGCUGCACCGUGGCCUUUAUACUCCAGUAAUGCAAAAAUAGAUAAGUAAACAAACUGAGACAGAUCAGUUUGUUCAUUCAGAUCAGUCUGUAGAAAAUGAGACUCUGUUAUCUGUUUUGUUUUUUCUCUCAUUUGUGGCAUAUCCAAUUAUAACUGAUCUCAGUAAAUUAUGUGAAAUAACGCUGCUUGAAUAACAGCAUUUGAGAUAUUUGCAGCGAUUAUCAUCUUUAUUUGUACUUAAAGCAACUUAAAUUAGAACAUUUUAUAGACCGGUACUUCUCCAAGGAGUGUUAACUCAUUCACACAUUUAGAAUAUAUUUGUUUAGUAAUUUGUCCACAUUUCACCCCCCCCCCCCUUUUCUUUUUUUUUUAAAAUAUAGGUUAUUUGGGAACAAUCCGAGUUUAAUUUGUUUUCCAGCAGCUGACCAAAGUUACACCGGACACACUGGAUACACCCAGAAAAAUUCACUGUUGUUUAUUCAUCUCAGUUAAAGAACCAAUAUCUUUCUGUCACUAAUACAGCAACAAAUGCCAAAGUAAAAUCAAAGUUUGUGUAAUUUAGUAUUUCCAGUUUUCCUUUUCUUUAAAUAAUGGUACAGUAUAUUGUAUAAAAUCUAUGCAAAAAUGUCAAUAGAGCAAAUUUUCAAUGUGUGUUUUUUUUUUUUUUUGUUUUUUUUUCCUAAUGAUAAUUCUACUGAUGCAUCACAUUUUUCAAGUUGCAUUCAGUGUAACAUCCUCUCACCUUAUGCAUCUGUUAAAGUAACUACACAACCAGAAUUACAGUAAAGGUGUUUGAUAUGAACGUUAAUUCACAUGUUGGAUGUUUCUGGAUGCACACCUGUCAAAUGAGCUUUCUCAUUUUCAGCAUAUUUGCUUCCAGUUACCUUUUAUCGGCUUCAGAAAGAGAACAAUGGUUUUUUUUUUGUUUGUUUGUUUUUCCUGGAGGAGAUGUCAUUCAGCAGUUAGCUCCACUGAGACCAUCUCGAGGUUUAAAUAGUUUUUUCUUGUCACUGAACAAAAGUCCAGUUUGAAACUAUAAAUCAGAGCCAAGAAGGAGUGAAUGUUGUUUGUUAACUUGAAAAUGUGCACAGCAGCCUUAAAUGUAUUAACACUAAGUUUUAAUAAUUCAUUUCCAAUUUACCAGUGUGGUAUGAUCUCACUAGUGCAUCUUUCAUACAACAUGUAAUAAAUGACACUGGAGAUGACUGGUUUACUUCUAAUAAUCAGUAUGUUUGCUAUGAAACCUUUUCGUACUGAAACCGAUAUUGUGCUACAUUUCUUUUACUUUUGGGUGAACUUACUUUUUUUUGGUAUGUAAGUUGCUUAUAAAAUAUUAGAUUUUUACAAUAUUAUACAAGCAAUAAUCAAGUUUGUAAAAUAAAUGGUUUGCUCAAAUAAAAUACCUGUAUAACUGUAAAAACCAAACAAACAAACAUGCUGCUGGUCAUUUAUUUAUUAUUGUUUCAUACUGUACUGUAGAGUUGAUUUACAGGGCACCUGUGGGCCUCUCAGUUUGACCUCUCAGUAUUUUAAAUUAAUGUCAUCUUAGAAUCUCUAAGAGUUUUUGUGGAACUGCUCUGUUGGAAACCACUGCUUCAGAAAAUGUCGGUAUAGCAGUACGUUUAUAAAAGUUUAGCCUGAAAAAUUUUAUGUUUCAAACAUAUUUUCCUCAAGACUUUGUAAACUGCCAGAUGAGCACAAAGUUUGUUUUGUUUUUUGUUGUUGUUUGUUUUAUUGUAGAACAUUAGAAAAGUGAAUGUUUGUCAGAUAUAAAAGGAGUUCUGUUUUUUCAACAAUGGCCGACUGAAUGCUGUUUAGACUUGUAGUAUCUUGAUAUGUUAAUGUCAGUGGGUCUGUUUCAAACGUUGUCAGGGUGCUCGAACACCAAAUCAACAGAUUCAGAUAAUGUCAUGUUAAUAGAAAGGACCGCAUGUGUGAAACGUGCUAAAAUCUGCGAAUAACAUGCCAGUCUAACAGACAUACAGUAACUGAUUACUUUACCCAUCUUUAUUUUAUGUUGCAGGACCUUCACAUAGCUUCGUGAUACCAGUUAAAGAGUAAUCAGCUGACAUUUCAAAGCAAAGAAUCUAUUCCCUGACCUUUCCAUGUUUGGCAAGGCUUUUUGAUACAGUGCGCUCUUCUUUUAUCUCUUAAAUGUGUCCGCUAUCAGCUAUUCAAAGCAUACCUUUGAACAGAGGUAUCAGAUAAUUCAUAGAAAGGAACCUUUCCAUUGUGUUGCUAUAACUGUAUAUGCCUCUAAUAUUUCAUUUUCCACUUUGAAAGUGCAUUUCUCUGCCUGCAAGCUGCAUGAUUGUAAACCCUUUUUUGGGGUACACGUAUGUUCCAGAGCAAUAAAAAGUAAACAUUCACACUAGUUCUUCUAGAUUUUAAG